ACCCCACCCCACCCCACCCCACCAACCCUGCCCUCCUCCUUUUACCUUUCAAUCACACUCUCCCCAAGAAAUAGGAUAAUCUUUUAACACCAAAAGCCAAAGAAAAAAACAAAACUUCCCCAGAUUCAUUCAAAAACAUUCACCAACUAAUUCCCAUCCAAGUUGUUUGUAAAAGCAAUUUAUGGAGCAAUCAUCAUCCAAAACAGCAAAUCUGGACUCUCUACUCCAUGCUGUUGGCUUCGAAAUACAAGAUUUGUCUCCCCAUAAAGUCACUGGCCGCCUUUUCGUUUCCGACAAGUGCGUUCAGCCGUUCAAGGUAUUGCACGGGGGAGUAUCAGCCCUGAUAUCGGAGGCACUGGCUAGCAUGGGGGCCCACAUCGCAUCAGGAUUUCAAAGGGUGGCCGGUAUUCACCUUACCAUUAGUCAUCUUAAGCGCGCCGAGCUUGGUGACCUUGUCUUCGCUGAAGCUGUUCCUCUCAAUCUUGGCAAAACCAUUCAGGUUUGGGAAGUGCAGCUCUGGAAGGUGGAUCCUUCAAACACACAGGGGCAGAGCAAAUCCUUGGUUUCAUCAUCCAGGGUCACUCUUCUAUGCAAUAUGCCUGUCCCUGAAUAUGCUAAAGACGCUGCUGACAACCUCAAAAAGUAUGCUAAACUAUGAAUUCAAUCCCACUAGUAUGUAAUUAAUACAAUGACUCCACUGUUGCAGAUAAUUUCCGUUCCAUUAUAUAUAUAGAUUUGUAUAUGCUGCUGAUGCGCACCACACCGACUAAUCUAAUGAAUUAAAUUUUACA